UUCUGUGCAUCUUUUUGUUUGCAGAGUUGUGUGCGAAAUGAUUUCGCCAAGAAAACGCAGAAUUUUGUCUCCCGUUUCUUCGCCUACCAAAGGCUGCUCGGUUGUGCUGCCGCGUGUCCAAAUCAACGAUGACAAGGAAAUGUGUUCGACUGCUGAAGCGCUCAGAAAUGCAUUUCGAGCGAAGCUACUCUUGUUUGCCGACGAUGGUAGAGGAACAAUCGAGUCGGCCAUUUCUCAGGAUAAGCUAAUGCAAUGCACGGAGUGCAUCAAGAGAACCGUUUGUUUGGGAGAGAGUGGAUCACUGAUGAUCAUUGGUCAUGCUGGUAGCGGGAAAUCUACGCUGGUGUGUACUGCAUUGAAGCUGGUUCGAGAAGAAAAUCGUAAAGAAAAUCUUGCCGAUGUCGUGUUCGGAUCUGAGCCAACUCAACCAUUCCUGCUUGUGAGCCUACGGGGUUCUUGCUUUGAAGACGAAGGGGAAGCUUUGAAAUCGAUUGCUCGUCAAUUGAAGCUCGACAAUGUCGUGGAGGAUCGCGUCAUGGGAUCCGUUGGUGAUAAUCUCUCGUUUCUUUUGGAAGCUUUGAGAGCAGGCGGGAAGAAAACAUUGCCGGUCGUGUUUCUGCUUGACGAAGCCGAAGAAUUUUGCUCACGCGGAAAACAGGCAUUAUUGUACAACUUGUUCGAUUGCACGCAGAUUUCUGGUACCCCGAUUUGUGUAAUUUUGAUGACGCGUCGCUUCGACCUAUUGGAUCUGAUGGAAAAACGCGUGCGAUCGAGAUUCUCUCAACGAAUCUUACGGAUGGAUGAUCAACGUUCUCAUCAGCAGCUUGUAGACCUUUCAUCCAGGAUGAUGAUGAUCGAUUUUACUGAACUCAACAAAUUUGAUAUAUCUCCGAACAAAGCAGUGAAGAGGUUUUUAAGCGCAUGGGAAGAAGCUGUUUCGCACCUGGUGGGCAGUGAAGUUUUUCAACAGAAAUUGAAAUCGCUUACUCAGCUGAGACGAAACUUAAGAAGUGUCAAAGCUCUUUUGUUCACCAUAGUGAGCGAUCCAUCGCUGUUCUCAUGUUUAAAUUCAAAAACAGCAGAUGAUCUCCUGACGAUUAUGAAAGCGUCGGUAUCGAAAGCUUACUCAGUCGCAACUGGUGGCUGUGGUACUGUUUCCAGUCUUCCGUUGGUCGAGCUGACACUUCUGGUGACAGCUAGACGUCAUCAUUUACUCCGCAAAGGAGAGCCCUUCAAUUUUUGCAUGAUUUUCAGGGAAUACGUUAAUUUUACGAAGGCGAAUCCAGUGAUCACGAGAUGCCACAGGCGCGUUGCGUCAACGGCAUUUCAAAGUUUAGUAGACGCUGGAUUUCUGGAGCCACUUUCGGGUGACGCCGUGAAGAAGGACGAAAAUGCUAGAAGCCGAGAUUAUCGCUUGCAUUUGCUUGCCUGGGGAGAGGAUGAAUUAUUGAGACACGUCAAGGUGUAUCCCGGGUUGCCCACUGCUCUGCAACGAUGGAUCAAUUCUACUGUUGUUGCAGAUUUCUACGGUUUGUUCAGCUGCAUUGCGCGCAGAAAUCCAUCCAAAAUGAUCAAUACAGGUAAAUUGGCGGGAAAGACUGUGUUCAUAACCGGUGCCAGCCGGGGUAUUGGCAAAGCUAUUGCCCUAAAAGUUGCUAAAGAUGGCGCUAACGUGAUAGUCGCUGCGAAAACGGCCCAACCGCAUCCGAAACUUCCCGGCACGAUCUACACAGCUUGUGAAGAAGUGGAAAAGGCCGGCGGCAAAUGCCUCCCGUGCGUCGUGGACAUCCGUGACGAGGCGCAGGUUGGGGCGGCUGUGAAAGCCGCCGUGGAAAAAUUUGGCGGUAUCGACAUUCUCAUCAAUAAUGCAAGCGCCAUCAACCUCAGCGGCACUGAACAGUUGGACAUGAAGCGCUACGAUUUGAUGCACUCGAUCAAUACCCGAGGCACGUACCUGUGCUCCAAGAUGUGCAUUCCGCACAUCAAGAAAAGUUCUCACCCGCACAUCCUCAACCUCAGCCCGCCGCUGAACAUGAACCCGUUUUGGUUCAAGUCUCACGUGGGCUAUACGAUGGCCAAGUACGGUAUGUCCAUGUGCGUACUGGGCAUGGCAGAGGAGUACAGGAGUCUGGGUGUGAAUGUGAACGCGCUGUGGCCGCGGACUGCGAUUCGAACGGCAGCCAUGGAUAUGUUGGUGGGCGAAGAGUCGUCUGCGAGUCAGAGUCGCAAACCUGAGAUUAUGUCCGAUGCCGCCUAUGAGAUCUUAUGCAAGGAUAAAGGAACUUACACCGGACACUUCGCGAUUGAUGAUGAGGUGCUCAAAGCAGCCGGUGUUACCGACAUGGAGCAGUAUUCCUGUGUUCCGGGAUCAAAAUUACUUCCGGACUUCUUCCUUGACGAAGCCAUGAUAGCUCUUCAAGACGACUUCACAAAGAAGCCAUCGACUGAAGGAUCGAAACCAGCCGCAUCUUCAGCAGGACCCCCGAAAACCGUUAUGGAUGUAUUCGACAGAAUCACUCCGAUAAUUAACGAAGAAAUGAUUGGCAAAAUGAAGGCUUCGUAUGAAUUCGAGUUGAAGGGCGGAACUCCGGAAGAAGAUGGCAAGUGGUUCUUGAACUUGAAAGACGCUGGAGCGAAGCCUUCCGGUCGAGGCGAUAGCCCCAUUGCUGCUGACGUGCAUUUCACCAUGAAAUGCCCGGAUUUCGUGAAAAUGUUCUCGGGGAACUUGAAGCCCACUACAGCGUUCAUGAUGGGGAAGCUGAAGAUCAAGGGAGACAUGGGAAAGGCGAUGAAGCUCGAAAAAUUGAUGAAAUCAAUGGAAUCGAAGCUGUAAAGAAGGAAUUUGCUGAAGGCUCUAGUGGAGAUUUUAUUUUUAAGCACGGGGAGAACCCUCCGAGCUCAACAAUUUUCCUGUGAUUUUAAUCAAUGCAAAAAUUUCCACAUUUUUCUUCAUGGGAAUACAAUUGUGAGUUUUCAAGUUAGUUGGUUGGUUUUUCUGUCUGCGCUUUACCUCGUGUUGUAUUUUGUUGGGAAUAAUCGAAUAAAUGGGAUGUUUUGGGCUCUUGGUUAAUGCUUAUGUCGCCUGCC